UUAUCGACAGUGUUUGCCGGAUAAUGAACUGUCAACCUGUUCGGUAAUAAGUAAAUGAUAAACAAUAAAAUGUUCUAGUCCAACGCCUUAUAAAUAAAAUAUAGAAAAUUAAGUAGUAGCGAGAUGUCAGCGAACAAUAAAAAUGGAUCACUACGAAUAUUUGCAGCGACCGUAUUGGCGGCGGGGGUGCGGUUCUGGUUGAUGCAUUCAAAGUACCAGAAAAUAAUCGCUAAUCACAUCGAGGUUUCGACUCCACUGAAUUCAUGGAAACGUGUGUCGGAAGGACUGUUCUUAAUAUCGAAGCACAUUAGUCCAUAUAAUGGAGAUUUGUUACAUGAAAGUCCGCUAUUGCUCUACAUGUACAAACAAUUGCUGAAGAUUUUCUGGAACAAUACAGGACUCAUGUUUAUUACGUUGGACAUGCUCACUGGAUUUGUCUUGUAUAUAACUACCAAGAAAUAUCUAAAUACACUGUAUAAAAAAGAGGAAAGGCAGAAACUUAGUUAUGCACCUGAUACCACAGAAUAUUUGUUAACAUUUGUGGAUUCCGUGAAGGCACCGAAUUUGGUAUUGCUGACAUUUUUGUUUAAUCCAUUUACCAUAUUAAACUGUAUUGGUUGUUCAACUGCUGUUAUAUUUUAUUUGUUUUUAUCCAUGUUUUUAUGUGCCAUGGUACAUGGGAAAGUAACCCUUAGUUCAGUUUUUCUGAGUAUUUGUACUUCUAUGUCAUUCUAUCCAAUUACAUUAAUUAUACCUCUUUGCUUAUAUUUUGUUAAUACUUUCUCAAGCAAGUUGAAAGCUGUUUCCAGUGUUGGACUCUUCCUAGCCAGUUUAUUUUCUAUUCACACUUUUUGUUAUAAAUAUGAUCCAAAAUACUUCAUGAAUGUGUAUGGAUUUAUCUUGAGUGUGCCCGACUUACAACCAAAUAUUGGUUUGUUUUGGUAUUUCUUCACUGAAAUGUUUGACCAUUUCAGGGAAUUAUUUAUUUACUCAUUCCAAAUUAAUGCGACAAUAUUAUAUUUAAUUCCAUUGGCAAUUAAGUUCAGGCAGCAACCUUUUCUACUGACAUAUGCUUUACUAUUUCUAAUCACUGUUUUCAAAUCUUAUCCCUGCAUUGGCGAUGUCGGUUUUGUUAUCAGUUUACUUCCGUCAUUUAUGUACCUAUUUAGAUUUUGCCAGCAAGGUUUUCCAGCAUCAGUGGUAUACAUAAUUACAACAACAUUAGCACCCAUUUUAUGGCACUUGUGGAUAUACUGCAAUUCAGCAAACGCAAACUUUUACUUUGGUGUUACCUUAGCCUUUGCUAUUGCGCAAAUAUUUUUGUUAACUGAUGUGCUUUUCGCCCAAGUGAAAAGGGAGUACUAUCUGAAAAAUGGAAAAAAUAUUAGCAUUAAUGGCCAGGAUGGAAAUUUAACUUUAGAAUAAACUUGUUUAAAAUUUAUAAAUACAAUUUUUAAUUUUG